CGUGGAGCCAGGCGCCCGGUUUCCCGCCAGCACGGCAGCCUCUCAGGCGGUGGCGGGGCCUCGUAGAAGGGAGAGGAUGGGGCUCAUCUGCGCUGGGUCUGCCGCCGCCCAGAGCCGCUGCAAAGCGAUGAGGCCGGGUGCACACUGUUGCUGAAAGGACAGGGUCGUGCACGCUCAUCCCUUACAAAAAAGGAACAGCUCAGAAAAACGAUUGGGCCAGCAGGCGCCAGAAGCUAGUGCUACUGCUUAAAGCUGGGCAGGAGGUUUACGGGGGUUUGUUCUAUGUUUUCGGGCUUGUUAAUAUUUCCUGAAUCUUGUUACUUGAGAACUUUUUUGUUUUGAUUUUGGAAGGAAAUAUUUGGGCAAACAGUCCAUGUGUAGUUCUCCAGUGUUACAGCAUAAUUCUGCUGCGAACAGCCCUGUCCUGUUAUUUGUUAAGGAAGGAUCAGCCGGGAUAACAGUGGCAGUUCGGGAAUGAAUACACAACUAGGAUUUUUGUAAUGAACGAAUAAAAAGAAUGAGAAAAUGAGAUUGCUGGUUAGAUACAGAAUUGGUGACUGACUAUUCUACUGUGCUAUGGAGCACAGCCUUGGUCUGAGUGGAAAGACAAAUUACCGAAGCUUAUCAGUGUCCUACAGGUUACCCUGUGACUCACAGAUUGAGAAGUGUUUGGGCCCAGUCAGUGUCUAAGUCCUGGAAGCAGGCUGUUGUGAGGUGAUAACACCGCAGGCAGUGGUGACUUCUGCGUCCUUUCUUGCUGGUCUAGGGUGAGAGGCAUGUGGUUGGGCCAAGGAGCAGAAAUAGACACAGAAGGAGAACUGGGCUCACCCCACAUUGCGCCUCUGUGGUGGCUGACUGCUGACUCAGGGGCUGCUCAGAGAGGCAGUGCAGCUCUGCAGGACCCCAGUGAGGGCAGUCCAGCUGGCCCCUGGCAGCUGCUGUGGGAGCCAGGCUUCCUCCCUCAGGCUUCGGCCAUUGGGUUGUGCUGACCUGGCUCCUCCCUCCCAGCUGUAGACCAGCCCUGUGGGCUGUGUGCACCUUGCCUGAGGGACCACACCAUCCCCAGGAGCUCUGAGCACUGUAUCUGAAUGAAUGGGGAUUAGUGGCACUGUUUGAGGGUAGUAAGUGACCGGUGUGUAAUCUGUUGUUUCUGAAUCUAGUGGCCCCUGCUCUGGGAGAGCUAGCAGGGCUUGCUGGGGUCCUGCCUUUGGCUUUCCUGCUUCUGUCCCCAUCACUGGCUGUUCUGUCUGAAGUUCUUCCUUCUGCAUAGAUACGGUCUUAUGGCUGAAAGGUAGCCUGAAGGCCUGGGGGCCAUUCUUCCUGGUAGCAGUGAAGCAGGCUAGUUAAAUAUGCCAGCAUAAAUACUUCAUUACUCUGUGUCUCUUAACUCCCAGUCACACACCAGGGCCCAGAGAGGUUAAGAAACUUAUUUUCUUAGCUUCUGUUAGCAAAAAACCAGAGAGAGCCCACUAAAUUCGGCUGUUCUGGAUGGCCUAGUCCUGGUGCUCUGGGGUCCCUCCCACCCCGACCAAACCAGACCCUUCCUAAGGAAGCACUGGUGCUGGCUGCUCUGGGAGAAGGGGUGUGGCCAUGCUCUUCAGAGCUGGGACCACCCCACCCGAGGCACAGGCUCCAUUGGCCAAGAGCAGGUUGAUUCAGUGGUGGCAAAGUGGCAACUGUGAGUCUGAUCUGGUGACUGACUGUGGACAGCACAAGAGACGUUUCGGAGCCUGCAUUUCGGCAGUACCCAGGCUGUGCUUCGGUGGGUUACCGCUCAGUGCUUGGGAGGGAAGCCUUGGGUUGCCUCCUCUCCCAUGCUAGAUUGGCUCGAAGCAGGUCCGCACCUGUGAGGGGCUUGGGUUACAAGGUACAGAUCCACGCUAGGGCCCAGUGUCACAUUUGGGCCAGGACAGAGCAACCCCCAUUACCUUUGGAGAUGUGUAGGUGAGCUGGGUCCUGCUGCAGCAUGACCAGUGAUGUGAGACAAGGCGUUGGCGGUGGACAGAGCAGCCUCCCGGCGUCACCCCUCAGAGACCCUCUCUGUGUGCCCUAAAGCACACCAGGGGCCCGCAGAGUUCAAGGAGAGGCAGUUGAGGUUCCCCUGGUCAGAGUUGUCACACAGUAUAGCCUGUAUUAAAGCGAGUAGAGAGCACUUCCAGGGUUUUGGCCCCAUGGCUGCGGUCGGAUCCAGGAGUUUAGUAGGUACCAGUGCUGCCCUGUAGUUGCUCUAGGCCCUAGGACUCAACUCAGGGGAGGUUCACAGGCAGCAGUGCUUUCUUUGCCCAGGGGCGGGCGGCCAGAGCCUCGGGUGAAUUCCUGUAGAUAGGCAUAGUGUGCAGUGCCCACAGCAGCUCUGGGCCUGCUGCUUGGGCUCAGUGAGCACAGGUGGCCCAGGCUUCAGGGAGUGCCCUCCCCAGGAAGGGUGCACCCUGCCAGCCAGAGGCCUGGAGGGAGGCUUGUCAAUGGCUGACUGCUUGCUCAUUCUGAAAAUGAAAGCCUAGAGUAGGAAACGUCUCUGGUUCCUUCAGUUUUGAGAAUUUGAGACUCUGGCUUCUGCAGUUUUACAAGCCAGUCAAGUCCGAACUUGGGCAGCCCCUGUGAAUAGGAGAAAAUGAACUUUUGGAGCACGGGCGGAUACACUGUCAUCCCCUGCACUUAUGUGUGCACAGGACUUUCCCACAGCUGGAGAGGCCAGGAGGAGUCUCGAGGCCGUGCUGGGUGAGGGUUGCACCAGCAGGUGCUUCUUCUAGGAAGCUGUGUGGACCUUGUGGACAGGAGGAUGCCCUGACCAGCAGACGGGUGUGCAGAACUUAACAGGGUCUGUGCUGGUCCACUGUGCAUGCUCGAGAGCCCACCCCCAAGGACACCUUCCUGGUGGGUCUGACCACAGUGCAGACUCUCUGCAACUCAACAGACACAACCCGAGCACCCACUUUUUCUCCAUUGCUUACAAGACCAUCUGAAGGGCGACCCGUGGUGAUGAUCAUGGCGUUAGACACCAUCUCAGUUCUUACAGGUUGUCUCUUGUCUGACAUGUUUGGGCCAGAAGUGCUGUAGAUUUUAGAUGGGGGGAGGGGGUGUCCCUAAUGUGGUAUCUUAGGGAUGGGAUCCAAGACUGAGUAUGAAAUUCAUUUGUUUCAGUAUACCUUAUGCACGCAGCCUUGAAGAAUUUCUAUACAAUAUGCCCAAGCUGGCCUCAAAGUCCUGGCCUCCAGAGAUCCCCUGCCUCAGCUUUCCAAGUAGCUGAGACUAGGUGCAAACCGAAUAAAGUUGAAGACGGAUACAUGAAGGUCCCAGAGACAGCCGCCCCGACGCUUCCUGGGACGAGACGCAGCGUGAGGGCCAGCAGCCCAGAGUGGGCACCAGGACUCUGUGGGUGUGCACUGAAGGACAAUGACUUCUGACAGCGAUGGGGGCAGCUCCCAGGGCAUUUUUGACCUGGACUAUGUGUCCUGGAAGAUCCGCUCCACGCUGGUGGUCGCGGGCUUUGUCUUCUACCUGGGCGUCUUUGUAGUCUGCCACCAGCUCUCGUCCUCUCUGAACGCCACCUACCGCUCCCUGGUGGCCAGAGAGAAGGUCUUCUGGGACCUGGCGGCCACACGUGCCGUCUUUGGGGUCCAGAGCACAUUUGCGGGGCUGUGGGCACUGCUGGGGGACCCCGUGCUUCAAGCCGACAAGGCGCUUGGCCAGCAGAACUGGUGCUGGUUCCAUGUCACCACAGCCACCGGAUUCUUCUUCUUUGAGAAUGUGGCCGUGUACCUGUCCAGCCUGUUCUUCCGGACUUUCGACCUCUUCUUGGUUGUCCACCACCUCUUUGCCUUUUUGGGAUUUCUUGGCUCGGCAGUCAACCUCAGAGCUGGCCACUACCUAGCCAUGAUCACACUGCUCCUGGAGAUGAGCACCCCAUUUACCUGCAUCUCCUGGAUGCUCCUGAAGGCUGGCUGGUCCUCCACGCUGCUUUGGAAGGCCAACCAGUGGCUGAUGAUCCACAUGUUCCACUGCCGCAUGGUCCUCACCUACCACAUGUGGUGGGUGUGCUUCUGGUACUGGGACGGCCUGCUCAGCAGCCUGUACCUGCCCCACUUUGCUCUGUUCCUCGUCGGGCUGGCCCUGCUCACGCUGGUCAUGAAUCCAUACUGGACCCACAAGAAGACCCAGCAGCUCCUCAGUCCCGUAGAUUGGAACUUCGCACAGCCGGAAACGAAGAACAGCCGUCCAGACAGGCCCGGUGGCCAUGUGCUGCAGAAGAAGAGGCCGUAGUUCUGUGGCCAGGUAGGCCGUGGCUCCUGGUGGCCAGGGCCCACGGGUUCUGCGGUGCUCCAGGAGAGUGGCUUUGGAGGGCGAAGCGGUUCUGAGCGGAACGCCAACUUUGUCUUCAUCAGUAUUCAUGCGGAAGGAGCCAGAAAGUGUUACGGAGAUCUUGAUCCACCCUGAGGAGCAGGUCUUUGGCACCAUGAUCUCCUCUCUGUCCCGGCUCGUUCCUGUGGGCCUGGCCUCAGUGGGCCAUGUCUGACACCCAGGAAAGGAGUCUGGUGGUGGCAGCAGGCUGAACGCUGAGGAGGGUGGAGGUAGUCGGAGUGCCUGAAGUGACUUCAUGCCGGAAGAGCCGUGGCUGGUGUAGCUGGGUCUGCUCCGACCAUCCUAGUCACACACUCACGCUGGGUCUCAUUCGGAAGUCAUUUCCUUCUUAGUCUAAGAAAACUAUGUGAUUUGUUAGCCCUCAUUAAACUCUCCCAGCCAUGAAGGUGUCGGCAUGCCCCCCCCCCCGCCCCGCCCAGCAGCCCUCUGGAAUUCACCCCACCUGAUACGGGCGGGUGGGCUUCGAGUUCAAAAGCCUGUAAAUCAGGAGACCUGUUUUGAAAUGAGGAUGUUUUAAAUUGAAAUUUUUUUCUUGUUGACACAAUAAUGUUUAGCAGCCAGGUUACAUUUGUCUAGACUUGAGAGCCAUUUUUAAUUACAGUGCCCUAGAUGACCCGAGUAGACCCUGAUUUCCUGCUUGGUGUUUCCCUGCCCAUUUCAGGCCAAGGCAGUGAGGAAUGCUUCCCUGCGAGCCAGGGGUGGCCCAGAGAGCCUCACUGCCAGGCCUGCAGCAGACCUGGCACCCCGGCAGCAGCUGCCUGAGGAGGGUCCCAAGCACAUUGCUCCCUGUGCCAAAGGAAUACACCAACCUGGCGGUGUGGUGAGCAGACAAAAUGUUACUCACCAUGAGUGUACAGUUAGCAUUCAGACUUUAUUUUCAUCAGAUGCACCUUUGAAGAAGUGUUUGCAGAAAGCAUGUGUUUGUUGCCUCUGAAAAUCAUAUCCCAUGGCUCCUUGUGUAUCACAGGACUCUCCAAACGGCAGAUUUGAUGACCAGUGCUUGCAUACUCACUUUAAUGUUCAAGAUGUGUAAUGCUUAUUUAUCUCAAGCUAAGAAGUUACACACAUUGCUCCCUGCUGAGAUGGUUAGCCAGAAACCUGGCUGCCCCAGGGCUUGCCCUCGGACCUUCUCCUUGGGAGCCCCCAGUACCUGGAGGCUUUCUACUGCCAGAUGUUUAAUAAAGUGACAGAUGUUUACUGAA